AUGGCCACCGAUAACUGCCCCGCCUGGGUCUGGGAGAACGCUGGCGUUCCGAGCGCAAAGGAUGCACUUUCCUUGCCCGAGGGCGCGGACUGGAUUUCCCCGCAUGCAUCCGUAGUCGAGCUCUGCGCCACGCCCUUCCCGAGCGCCUUGACCCCGCAGAUGACGGAGAAGUGGAACAGCAUGGACGACCACGCUCUCGACCCCCUCUUCACGAUGCAACCGCCGGCUAACUGCGAUCUCGCCUUCGUCCGCGCCAUCCCCCCUCCACCACAGAACAUAGUGCAGAGGCUCGCCUCGUUGGCACCCAACUAUGUCCGCAUGGGCUGCCUCUCCAUCAAAACGGAGUACCUCGUACCCGCGCCAACAGUUAUCACAGUCCCGUUGUGGAUCAUCACUCUCUGGACAUCGUACUACCACAUACAACCUCACUAUCAAUGCUGGAACAGCGCCAUGAUAACAUAUAUGGAGAUUCGCUCCAAAAAGGUGGGCAAUGGCUCCAGCACGAUGCCACUGUCCGUCGAGACUAUGCAGGCUUUGCGUGCUACACCGUGGUCUCGGGCGCUACGCGGCUUUCCCGAGUUGCCUAAAAGCGAGACGCCACUCACCAUUCUUUGCGCGUUUCUCACCCAGGCUUGGCUUGACGACAAGCAGAUGGCUGUGUUACUCGCGCUGACGAGACUGCGCCUUCUGAUGCACUCUUCGUCUACAUUCAAGACCCUCCAAUCAUCAUUUUUCUUUCCGAAAUUGGAGCAGAUCUACAAAGAACGCGAACUCUACGGGCGCGAGACCACCUGGGUCUACAAGCUCGGUACCGAACUCUCGGCAAGCAAGGGUCUGUUGGCGAUGCCGGUCAACAUCGGGCAACUGCACUGGGUGGCAGUUACCAUUGACUUUGCCAGCCAUGAAGUGCGUCACGGAGACUCGCUUGGUGGCGACAUCCCUCGCUCCGUACGCGACAUUCUGCGCUGGUGGACGGAAGCCCAUGCGGGAAGCCCGUUCAAAAUCCGCACCCUGCCUAUCACCCGCCAGAGCGACGGUUUUAGCUGCGGUAUUCUCGUCGCUAAUGCGCUGUCUCAUGCGCUGCUCGGUGAUCGUCUACUGUCCUCGGACUUGGCCGGGAAACAAGAGGCCGUCGAUCAACGUUUGCGCGCUCUCAUCGAGGUUCUCCGCAGGCACAACAGCCACGUCACCUCGAAUACGGAUGCAAAGACUCCGGUGCCAGUUGCGCUUGCGCCAUUGCAGGAUAAUGAACUCUUCGCAUUGCUCGAAGCUCGUGCACGUGCCGAAAUAGAGCGGCUUGCCCUUGAACAUUCUCGGUUGACUGAGCAGUUGCGCAGUCGGAUGGUGCAGCCUGAGACUGAAGUGCCCGUAGUUGACCUGUCCUCGGCUUGGGAAGGACCGAUACAUGACCUUCAAUCUCUCCCCGAGAGAGAGGAACUCGCGUGCUUGAACCAAAAGUUGCAGCAUAUCACCUUGCUCAAAGAGGCAGAACAGAAGAGAACAGACGAAUAUGUUGAGGAGACCUUGAAUGAUGCUUGUAAGACAGGCAUAGUGCAGUCGUGGUCAAGACCUACAAUGCACGAGGACUUGGAAAGAUGUCUCAAUGCACAUCAUGCGGCUAUUUCGGCUCGCAAGCUAGAGCUUGAGGCCGAUUUGGCUCAUGAGAAGGCAAAGCUCUCGACGAUCGAGCAAUUGUUCUCGGAAUAA